CGGCCACGGAAGGUAGCGCGUGGGGGAAAGAUCUCAAGAGUUAUUGGAGUUCGAGGCAAACAAAACUUUGUUCUCUUCUGUUCUGUGUUUGGGGUAAUUAAAGUCGUCAAAAGAGGAAGAGGAUCUGCUUUUAGUAUUUUGAUUUAUUAGAAGAAAAGAAAAUAAUAGUUCUCAUACAAAAUCCCCGGAGAAAUCUUUACCAAAUCAUGGGAAUCGCAGGAAGUCUAACACCAGAUCAGCUCGAGUUCUACAACUCUCAAGGGUAUCUGGUAAUCGAAUCAUUCGCAAGUGAGGAUGAGAUUGGAGCCUUGAGGAAGAGGAUGAAUGAGUUGCUGACUCAAUCUGAUUGCUCCGUCUCUUCUGUUUUCUCCACUAAAAACCAGAAGAAGACUACCGAUAAUUACUUCUUUGAGAGCGCUGAAAAAAUCUCCUUCUUCUUUGAAGAAAAAGCUUUUGGCGACGAUGGGGAAUUAAAGCAACCGAAAGAGCUUUCUAUAAACAAAGUUGGCCAUGCACUGCACGAGCUUGACCCGUUGUACAAGGAGUUCACAUACUCGUCCAAGGUUUCAAGUUUGGUAUCAUCCUUAGGUUACAGAAGACCAGUCGUCAUGCAGGCUAUGUACAUUUUCAAGCAACCUGGCAUUGGAGGAGAAGUUGUUCCGCACCAAGAUAACUCCUUUGUCUACACGGAUCCACCGAGCUGUACUGGUCUCUGGAUGGCUUUAGAAGAUUCCACAACUGUUAACGGUUGUCUUUGGGCCAUACCUGGAUCUCACAAGAACGGUUUGGUUAGAAGGUUUAUUCGUGGUGAAAAUGGUGUAACGUUUGAUAGGCCAUCGCCUUGUUACGACCAGAAAGAUUUUGUGCCUAUUGAGAUGAAAGCAGGCUCAUUGAUUGCUAUUCAUGGUGAUCUAAUCCAUCAAAGUUUCGAGAAUCUAUCAGCCAAGUCAAGACAUGCCUAUAGCUUACAUGUAGUUGAAUCUGAUGGAUGCAAAUGGGCACCAGACAACUGGAUUCAAAGAGAAAACAUGCCUGAGCCUCUCUAUGCCCCUUAGAUACAAGCCAGUCUGCGUUUAUCGAGUUUCUUCUACCCACGACCAUUUGUUGUUAGGUACUCUGAACAGUAAUAAGAACAUGGCUAGAAAGGCUCUUGUUGUGUCAUUUGCUAGUCGAAAUACAAUUUGUUUCUGCUUGGUCUCUGUAGUUCUGUCUUUAGGUUAAUGGUCAAUAAAGUGUGACAGUGGUUACUUGAUGUUUAUGGGAUUAUAGUUUGAUUGAA